ACGACUUUAGUAUCGUUAUUCACAGAACCGAGAGCAGAAGUCUACAGAAAACGUGCAAAAAUAUAUAAUAUAUAUAAUAUAAAAAGAAGAUAAUACUCAUGGAGCUGCUAUCAAGACUGUUGAUGAUCAUCGGCCUGCUAAUGCUGAGCUGGCAUUGGGCAGCCACCUUUCCCAGGAGUCAACCUGUGGCCACAACUCCGGCAGUUAAUCAUCAGGAAAAUGUCAAAACAACACCUGUAUUCAAUACCACAGAUAUAUUCGUGCAGAGCAUUUUCGAUAUAAGUCCAUCGUGUCAACCUGGAUGGAUACUCGCGGGCAGCAGGUGCCGUAAAAUGGCUUAAAGUGAUAUAAAAGUCAAAAGGGGAACGUGCCUGAAGCUACAUAAUUAUAGACAAUAAAAAGUAAACAAUGAAUAAAUCAGAAAAAUGUAUCAAAUAGAGCCAAGUUUUUGGCCAAAAUAUACAAGUAAAACAAGUAAAUUGUCUUAAUAAUCAAUGUAAUAAAGGUGUACCAAU